GCGAAAAGAGCUGCUGCAGCAUCACUUUAACCCAGGAUACACUAACCCAGGAUAGCAGGAUCAAAAGGGAUUUGAAACAGACCAGGGCUAAAGCAGGGCCACCUCAAUCCUCCGGCACGUGCAGAAGGAUCAGCCCUGAUUGUACUUUAAACUUCAUGUUUUAUUUUAUUUGUAUAGAGAGAGAAAAUAGAGCCGUUUAUUUUUUAUUUUCUAUUUAAAUAAAAUGAUGCAAAGCUCAGCACUCACUACAGAAGGUUCUGUCAAGGGGCUUCCAGAGAUUCUUGGUGUACCAAUGCAACCUGCCACUUAUUCUACUUUCAGGCGUUUUGGUACGAAAUGCACGGCCUGUCAGCAAGGAAUCCCCCCUACCCAGGUGGUACGGAAAGCCCAGGACUUUGUCUAUCACCUGCACUGCUUUGCCUGUAUCAUCUGCAACCGCCAGCUGGCCACAGGCGAUGAAUUCUACCUCAUGGAAGAUGGGCGCCUGGUGUGCAAGGAGGACUAUGAGACAGCCAAGCAGAACGAUGAUUCAGAAGCUGGAGCCAAGAGGCCACGAACCACCAUCACAGCCAAACAGUUGGAAACGUUAAAAAAUGCCUAUAAAAACUCCCCCAAACCCGCCAGGCACGUGCGGGAGCAGCUGUCCUCGGAGACAGGGCUGGACAUGAGAGUGGUGCAGGUCUGGUUUCAAAACAGGCGGGCCAAAGAAAAACGGCUGAAGAAGGAUGCUGGGCGGCAUCGCUGGGGCCAGUUCUACAAGAGCGUGAAGAGGACCCGCGGGGGCAGCAAACAUGAGAAGGAGAGCUCUGCGGAGGACUGUGGGGUUAGUGACAGUGAGCUGAGCUUCCGAGAAGAUCAGAUCCUCUCUGAGCUUGGCCACACCAAUAGAAUUUACAGCAAUGUUGGGGAUGUUGCUAGUGGACAGUUAAUGAACGGAAGCUUCUCCAUGGAUGGGACAGGACAAUCUUACCAGGACUUGAGGGAUGGAAGCCCCUAUGGAAUUCCUCAGUCUCCAUCUUCCAUAUCGUCCCUUCCUGCCCAUACUCCAUUGCUCAAUGGUCUGGAUUACACAAUGGACACUAAUUUGGGAAUUAUAGCACAUGGAGGGCAGGGGGUGAGCCAGACACUCAGAGCAAUGGCUGGGGGACCAACCUCUGAUAUUUCUACAGGAAGCAGUGUAGGCUAUCCAGACUUUCCAACAAGUCCUGCUUCUUGGCUUGAUGAAAUGGAUCAUCCUCCUUUUUAAGUAUCUCCUGCUUCCCACCCCGUCCCACUCAUUCUUUUGGCCUGAAAGUGUUCUCAAACUAGCAAAAGAGACAACAAGCGACCUUCAAGAAUCCCAGACAUAUUGCACCGGAAAAUUUCCAUUAUUUUCAAUGGGAAUCCACCACUGGCUCCUGGAGGGUUGUGAAAUGAUAGCGUGGUGGUUUUUUUCCUUUUCACUUGGGGAGUGGGAGGGCAGGAGACACCCUUCUGAACACAGCACACUGGCAUAAAGUAUCUGGUUCUAGGUUUUCAGGCUCAUAGUAAAACACAAACUCAUUGAUUCUCUCCAGGUCAAAGACUCUUUGCUGUUGAGUGCUUUUGAAGCACAGGUUGGCUGGCUCAGCAGAUCUUGGCUAUUAUGAACUCCAGGUCAGUUGGUGCUCUCUUACUUGGAGUUGAACGAAUUAUAAAUGCCUCCAAAACCCUUGUUCUUAUCAGGAAUGGACUGUGCAUGGGCAGUUGAACUGACCUUCCCCAUAGAUAUGGAAAUGCAGCGUUUCCAAAGCCAGGCCACGCUUACCAAGCACUAUACCUUUACCAAGGGCAGGGGUCUGACCCAAAAGGGCAGAGUAAAUAACAACAACCCUGGGGGAGAAAAGUUAUCAAGAUUUUUUCAGUAUAAAAAUGUGAUUUUCCUCCCUUCUCCACUGAAUAUUAACAUUGGCUGUUUGGAUAAAAAAGUUCAGGAAUGUGGUUGAAUGGCUAUCAGGCCAAGGAGCAGUCCUACUGCAAGCAUUGCAUCAAAGCACUAGACAAGUACCAUGGGUGAAAGUUACCCAGGUGCAAUGGGCCAGCACAAGGGCUAUGUGCCACUUAAGCCCUCAGUAUAAGGCUAAGUGGUGCAAAGACUUUGUACUGGCCCCUCUGCAUAAGGGUGAGAUUUUACACUGGAUAAUACCUUGUGUUAGAAUGUGUUAACCCCACAAUAACUGCAGUGUUCAAAAUCAUGUCAGUGGUCAUGACUAACCACACUCUGGAAAUGACCUUUAUCAGCUGAUAUGAAUCUAACCCCAACAGUCCUUGUCCACAUUGAGUGCUAACAUGUUUUACAUCAUUAACGUUUAUAUUACAGUAGAGCCCAGAGGUCCCAUUGUGCCAGGUACUGUACAGACAGUCCCUGUCCCAGUGAGCUCUCAGUCUAACUAGGCAAGACAGAUCAUGUGUGGGAGGGGAAACAGAGAGGUGACAGGAUGUGCCCCAGGCCACAAGGCUAAUUUAAUAGCAGAGCCAGGAUUAGAAUGCAGGUCUCCUGACUCCCAGUCUGGUACCACACCACACUGCUGCACUAUCGGAGCUAACAUAUUAUAACACAAUACGUUUUCCCAGUGCAGACAAUCCCUAAGUGAUUUCAUUCUUAGGCCCCUGAGUAAGGUCGGCUGGAAUUCGUCCAUGGGAGAUAAUUCAAGACAUCCCCUGAUGGUCAUUUUCCACCCAGCUGGUGCAUAAACUGAUACUUUCUUGCUUUUAGUAGAAGGCCAUGUGCUCCCUCACAGAUAAAGCCCCUCGGCCGCCCGCUGAUCAGACAGCAAGUCAAAUAGUGAGAAAGUGUAAUGGAAAGACAAUCAAUAAAGCCAAAUGGUGGUGAGGAUGAAGAUGGCUCUCAAACCAACCAAGCCACCUAGUGCAUGAUUCCUUUGGACGAGCCUGCUGUGAAAAAGAGACAGCAAAGCCAUCUUCUGUUUUCAAGGGUUAUUUUUAGCUACUGGGUUUCAAUGUGACUCCACGCUGCCAAGAUGUCUGUGGUAGAGACAUAAACACAGUAUGUUUAUUUUAGUGCAAGAGAAGAUGGGUGCCUAGUCCCAUGAGAUUAUUAUCCUGCUUCCUGGGGAAUGGGACUGCUCCAUUAAUUUAUAGCCAAUAGCUCCACCCCGACUGUUUUGUUCAGAAGCCUUCAGCUCAGCUGAAGGAUGGAACUGGUUCUGCCCAUGGCACCAUAGGGGUUUUAUUCCUCGGGUUCAUGUCACCAGGAAGUGACCCCCAAGCUGCGUUUGUCUCAGUGCUGCGGGAGAGUGCACGGAUGUUCUACAUGCAGCUGGCUCUGUGGGUGUUACAGUGCUCUUUGCUAGAGGAUGGAGAUGCUGAAUGUCAAAUAGGAGACGCUGCAAGGGAGAAGCUAACCUGAGAGGGGCUGCACACUUAGCUCCAGGCUCAUCUGGAAAUCUUCACACACUCUGGUAGGCUCUUGCAAAAACACAUGCAUCCGCAGAAGCCACAGGGCCCCUCUUCCCCCCAGCCUGCGGCGUUAGAGCAGCUGGAAGGACCCAUCCUCUUUCCAAUAGGUGAGCUGUGGCUGAGUAGCCCAAUCCCGAACACACAGGUGCACCACGACAGGGUCAAAGCUGCUCAGUGACGCUUCCUCUCCUGGGAUUUCUCCCCACUCGGAGCUUUUAUUGUGGAUGAAGAUGAUUUUGUCCCCAUUCCUCCUCAAGUAUCCUGUCUGGGGCCGGCCGGGUAGGCUGGAAUCAUUGGAGAGACUGACGUAGCUCAAGAGGAAAGGUCUUUAUUGGCACAGCAUGGUUUGGUAUUAGAUUGUAAGCUCUUCAGGGCAGGGGCUGUGUCUUUCUCUCCAUCUGUACAGCACCUAUGAACGGUUAAUAAUAAUGCUUGGAGGCUCCAGGGGCCAGCUGGAUCUUCCCUCACCAGCUUUGCUGGAUCUCACAGACCAUCUGCUUCACACUGAGCACCCCUUCCAAGUGGCCCCUGUCACCUGAGCUUUGAAGCAUGCCCUGCAGUUUCACUCACACACCUGCUGUGCACCUUGCAAAUGCAGUGCCUGAUGGCAGGAGAGCCCUGACAGGGAUUUCCCAGCCUGACUCGGAGCGCUCCUGCUGGCUGAUCUGGAAAGUGGACGAACUCUUCUGGUUGCACGGCUCCUGUUUGCUGCCGGGGGCUGCGCCUGUGGUAUGUCACCUGUAGCGCUCGCAAAGGGAGGCUUGCGUUGUUGUGCUUGCCCAGCAGCAGCAAUGCCAACUCACCUGUUCCAUCAUGGGGUCAGCUUUCGGUCCACUCGCAGCAUAGCCUCAGGUCUCAAAUCAAUCCUCGUGGCUGGAGCCAAAAGGUGGCCUAGCCAAACCAUGUCUAACGGCCAAGGGGGAGCUGGACUCAGCCUUUGGAUCAAAUAUCUUUAGCCAAACACAGUGUUUGUGGUCCCAAGGGCCUUAGAGACAGGAAAAUUAUGCUAAAAAUGGCAGCAAGAGGGGCCCUAGCCACAGCCAGAUUCCUUUGUGCUGCCAGAGCAGCUGGAUCUGCCUGGCUUUGAAUUCCCUGGCAUAGAGGGGUUUUUAGCUGAUGCAGAGCUGACAUUCCUGGCUCUGGGGCAGGGGGGCAUUUCAGGUGCAUGGCUGGAGCAUUCUGCACUCUGCUUAUCCCAGCUGGUGUAUGGUCCCUUGCGGGACUGUUGCCUGGUGCAUAGGGUACAGCAGCCCACCAGCUGGGAAGAUCUGCGCUAAGACUCAAAGCCCUGUGACCAGCUCCCUGAGGGCUCUCUCCUGUCCCACAUCCCCUGCUGCAGCUAUGACGAUGGGACAGUCACUACAGCAAAGAGCUAGGAGAGAGCAGAGGGUAGCUAGAAAAGCAGCUGGCGGAAGCUGUAUAUGUGAGUAUAUUACAACACCCCAUCCCCUUCUUUCACAUAUCCCAUCUAAUACCUUUCUCUGGCUCCUUAGCAUUUGGGGUCCUCCUGCUCAGACUCCCUGACAUAGCAUUAAUUUGUGUGCAAGCAGGUCUAAAGGAUUCUAAGCACCCAACCCAGUUUCCAUUGAAGUCAAUAGAAAGAUGCUUAUUGACUUCAGUGGAGGCUGGCUUGGGCCACACAACUGAAUGGGAACCUAACAUAUACAUCACCUCUGAACUAGACUCUCUUGCUCUUUCUGGGGCUUCCACAUCAGAUUUGCUCAGUUGGCAUCGAAAGCCAGCGUUGCACAUUCAACCUACCUCCCACCAAUGCGUGUCACAACAGAGCUGGGCUUUUCCUGCCUCUUCUAUAACAAUGACCCUGUGGGCUGAAGGGAGUUGGUGAUGCCUUAGGAAUCCAGCUCGCUCUCCCAGUUCAGCCGUUCUAAACAGAAAUCAAGCAUUCUUCACCAUGAACCAGUAAGCAGUCAGGACCUAAUGCCCAAGCAUGUUCAGAUCUGUCGAGUGAGCUGGUGCCAUUUUCACCAUCAAUUUUCUGAACGUGUUCACAUUCAAAACGGUUUCCUCAUCUCUCUUAAGGAACGAGGCAGAUACAAUGUUUAUUCAUUGCAAUUUCUUUACAAUUAGUUUUUUAGGGAGAAGGGGUACUGAGACAUCCCCAGCUUUCUCGCUGAGUAACUCAUUGCUUCCAUGUUAAAAGGAGCAUUGAACUGAGUUGUUCUGACAAUGAUCUAUUACUGGCGGAACAGGAGUGCUUGGGUUGCAUUAUUACAGUUUUACCUUUUUAACUUGGCAGGAAUGAAUCUAAAACACAAAAGCCGGGGCUUCCCCAAACCACCAAUUUUCUGUCCUCUCUCUGGAGGCUACACAACCACAAUUGACUAACCAGAGCUGGGCUGGGAUCACUCACGAUGCUGGUGAAAUUAAAAAAAAAAAAAGCCAUGUCACUAGUGAGCAGAAAUGGCUCCAGGGAAGAGAGGAGAACCAUUUAUGCCAAAUAGGUUAGAUCAAAAUCAGAAAAGGAAAGAUUUUACUUUAACUGUAUUACAAGCAAUAAAACGUGCAAAUAGAGAACUGUAUACAAGUAGUGGACAAUGCCAGUGUACAACAGGGAGUUGAGAAGCUUUAUGCAUGUAGCAGUUCCAGCCCAGAACAUAGAAGUAUAAGGAAAUAACGUGGCUGAGAUGUUCAGCUUUGUCUAGUGACCCCCUCUCUUAAUGGUACAUGGUGUCUUCUCCCCCUAAAUGGCUUUGAAAAAUCUCAGCCUGCCUAUGUAGCCUUGUAUUGCAUACGGCUGUAACAUGGCCUGAAUUCUGUAGGGGUUCAAAUGGUGCUCAAAGCUAUGUGUAGGGGUGUGUCAGAAAAAGGAGCAUAACGUGCCAAUUUGGUACUCUUUGUGGGUCAAAUUGAGCUGGGGAUACAACAGUCCCUGAAGUCAAUGGGAGCUGUGCGUACUUAGGGAAGGGCUAGAUUUGAGCCUAGGCAUGGUGGGGUUAGUGCAACAUUAAUGUGUUUGUGUGCCCUACACUUACAUCAGAAGGGAGAUAAGCCAGGCUAGUUUUCAUCCAGUUGGUGAGGGUAACAAUAGCAAUAAAGACCCAGUGGCAUGGACCAUGGCAUGGGCUGGCAACCCAGGUAUGUACUCAAGGUCCCUGGUGGGCUUGUACUGCGACAGCUACCCCAGGCCAGAGCCCGCCCUGCCAUGUCCUCACUACCACUGUUCCCCUCAACAGCUAGAUGAAAGCUCUCUUUGCGUCAAUCACACUUUUAGUUGUGGUGUACCCAUACCCUGAUGCGCUCUUGUUAGUGGAUUUCCGAUGCCUCCUCUUUCCUCCAGGGCUCAAUAGAAAUGAUUCUAAGAUGCUGUAGACUCUAAUAAAAAAUGAGAUCAUCUUGAUAGCUGAUAUUUUUUAAACCCUCCUGUAGCUUUUAGUGCUGGCGUACAAGUUCUAAAGGAUGGUUCAAAUCCUACUAUGGCCAAAGGGUGUCAUGUUCUAGUGAACCCUAUAGGACUUUUCCAUAAAGAUCUAUGGAUGGAUUUUCAAAAGGCCCAAGAUUCGGCCAAGCACAGAUCCCACUGCCUUUCAAUAGACCCUGUGCUCCUCAGGCGCUUUUGGAAAUCCGAUCUUACCUCUCUAGUCUUUGUUUUAGGCAACAAAGCUCUGAUCCAGGUGCCCCCUAUUGGCAAGUGCGGCCCCUUGUAGAGUGUGACCACAGAGUUCCAGAUGAGUGUAGCUUCCACCCUGAGCCACUCAAGUGGCUUGUAGCCAGCUGCCCCUGCAAUUUACACCAUAAGGUCACCAGCAAAAGUAUCCCAGAGAACUCCCUGGGCACCAGAACUUCUUCCUCCAGGCUCCAGUCACUGGAAAUUGGCUGGGGCCUGUAGGAAGGAUUAAAGCCUGGUAUAAAUGACUCCUGCCGCUCAACCAGAAACUGCAUUGACUAAGCACACAGUAAUCUGUCUCUCCCCCUUAGUGGCCCCCUGAAGAGCCAGGUCCUCAGAAAGAGCACUCCAGUGUAAGCUGCUCUAAUGUAGGGCAUCCCAUUGUCACAGCUCUUUGCUCUUCACCAGGCAAAGCAGCAUAGAACUCAUUGCUCUAGCAUCGCUGGUCAGUGGAGGCAGGUGUGGGUGGGGGGGGGAAGAUGCUCAUGUUUAAACAUUGCACUUUAAAAGCUGGAACCAGUGGGCUGAAGAAGAAUUGAGUGAAGCAGAAAUGGGCUGUGGUUUACUGCCUGCUGUCAAAGGGCUCUGGGCAUGCUGAAAGCUAAACGAAAAGCACCUCAGCCGCACACACUCCCUCUCGCUCGGAUUUGCCAGUUGGUUUCCUCUGCAGGAGUUGCUCCAACUACACUGACACAGCGACUGAGGGAAAAACAGAGCUCAGCAACCCCGCCGCCAGGCUGCCUGGCAGCACCUCCACAUUGGCCACCCUCUCUGCUAGACGCUGGUGAAUGAGCUAGCUUCCUGCAGCAAGCUUCGCCUGGGACCAUGAGCUCUCAGCGCUCCUCAGGCCUUCCCCCUGAAGGCGCACACCCACAGACACCUGCUCUGUCCGCGGAAGAGAGACCCAGGACAAACAUAGCAUCGUGGACCCUGUAGCACGGAAGCUGCUUGUAUUUUUUUUUUUAAAUGCAGUUUCUACUGUAGUAUGGCUCCCCAGGCUCUUUUCCACAGCUCGACGAUCCCUCCUCCCCGGUCCACCACAGCCACCCAUUGCAAUGUAAAUUUUGUACAGUUCCAAAAGUGAAGUCUUGUUUCCU